ACAGUUUGGCGCGAGCGCGUACGUUCUGCUUUCCGGCAGUGUGGCACCGCUGGAUGAAGAUGAGGAGGAAGAUGUCUGAACCUCACGGCGAGGCGGGAAACGAGAUGCCGAAUAAAAAACAGAAACUGAGCAGCGACGAGAACAGCAACCCAGACCUGUCUGGAGACGAUAAUGAUGAUGCGGUCAGUGUGGAGAGCGGCACACACCCCGAGCGUCCCGACACUCCCACCAACACGGCGAGCGCUCCGGGCAGGAAGAGCUGGGGGAAGGGGAAGUGGAAGUCCAAGAAGUGCAAAUACUCCUUCAAGUGUGUGAACAGCCUGAAGGAGGAUCACGGGCAGCCGCUGUUUGGAGUUCAGUUCAACUGGCACAGCAAAGAAGGAGAUCCACUGGUGUUCGCCACUGUGGGCAGCAACAGAGUCACGCUGUACGAGUGUCAUUCUCAGGGAGAGAUCCGGCUGCUGCAGUCGUAUGUGGACGCUGAUGCUGAUGAGAACUUCUACACGUGCGCGUGGACGUUCGACUGCAGCUCCAGUCACCCCCUGCUGGCCGUCGCCGGCUCCCGCGGCAUCAUCCGCAUCAUCAACCACAUCACCAUGCAGUGUGUGAAGCAUUACGUCGGGCAUGGGAACGCCAUCAACGAGCUGAAGUUUCACCCCAGAGACCCCAACCUGCUGCUGUCGGUCAGCAAAGAUCAUGCUCUGCGUCUGUGGAACAUCCAGACAGACACGCUGGUGGCCAUCUUUGGCGGAGUGGAAGGCCAUCGGGACGAGGUGUUAAGCGCAGACUUUGACCUGCUGGGGGAGAAGAUCAUGUCGUGUGGGAUGGAUCACUCGCUGAAGCUGUGGCGGCUGGACUCCGAGCGCCUGCAGAGGGCCAUACGCGGAUCCUACGAGUACAACCCUAGCAAGACCAACCGGCCUUUCGUGUCCCAGAAGAUCCACUUCCCGGAUUUCUCCACGCGGGACAUUCACAGGAACUACGUGGACUGCGUGCGCUGGCUCGGAGACCUGAUCCUGUCCAAGUCGUGUGAGAAUGCCAUCGUGUGCUGGAAGCCGGGCCGGAUGGAGGACGACAUCGACCGCAUCAAACCCAACGAGAGCAACGUGACCAUCCUGGGCCGCUUCGACUACAGCCAGUGCGACAUCUGGUACAUGCGCUUCUCCAUGGACUUCUGGCAGAAGAUGCUGGCUCUGGGGAAUCAGGUGGGGAAGCUGUACGUCUGGGAUCUGGAGGUGGAGGAUCCUCAUAAAGCAAAGUGCACCACCCUGACGCUGCCGCGCUGCACCUCCGCCAUCCGGCAGACCAGCUUCAGCCGCGACAGCAGCAUCCUGAUUGCAGUGUGUGAUGAUGCCUCCAUCUGGCGCUGGGACCGACUGCGAUGAUGAUGACGACGACGAUGAUGAUGAUGAUGAAGAUGCUUCACUCUGCUUUUGUCUUUAAUAAAGUAUAUUUUUAUAGCCUGA